AUGGCCGAAGACACUAUUCUAGAAGGAGAAAACGAUGGUUCCCUUCCACUCGAUGAGAAGGGACCCGAGAACUACCCAGCCAACGAGAACCCUCUGGAACGCGAAUUGUCUGGUAAUAGAGACCCUGAGAACACCUCGGCCAGAUCCGUCGACUCCUCCAUCCCAGAUGAGAAGCUUUUUCCAGAAACAGAUCUUGCGCGUGGAAUCGUAGGAUGGGAAGGACAGGAUGACCCUGCCAAUCCGCAGAAUUUUACUCCAACGCGGAAAUGGACUUUACUCGCACUCAUCAGCGCAAUCACCUUUAUUUCACCACUCGCUUCGAGUAUGUUCUCGCCGGCUGUGGGAUAUAUGAGUGCGGAUUUUGGAAUAUCGAAUGAAAUACUGCUAUCAUUCAGUGUUACCAUUUACCUUCUCGGCUACGCGUUCGGCCCCCUUCUCCUUGCCCCUCUAAGCGAAAUCUACGGUCGUCGAGUAGUACUUAGCGGUGCAAAUUGGUUUUUCGUGGUGUGGCAAAUCGGAUGUGCCCUUGCGCCGAACAUUGAAGGCUUGAUCAUCCUCCGAUUCUUGGCGGGAAUUGGUGGAUGCGGGUGUCUGACCUUGGGAGCUGGCGUGAUUGCAGACUUGUUCCCACGAGAAAAGCGCGGCAUGGCGACGUCCCUGUGGAGUAUGGGUCCGCUGAUAGGGCCGGUGGUUGGUCCUAUCUGUGGCGGGUUUGUUGGCGAGGAAAUCGGUUGGCGCUGGAUAUUCUGGAUUUUAUUGAUUGUUGGAGGGGCACUUUCCCUUGGGAUCGAAUGUUUCAAUCAAGAGACCUAUGCCCCGGUCUUAAUACGGUGGAAAACAGCCCAACUCAUGAAAGAUCUCGGCCGAACGGAUUUGCGUAGUGCAUAUUCGUCGGACAUAAAAGGUGAGAACCCAUCUGUAUGGCAGGUUCUUCGCCAGGGUAUGAGACGACCGUUUCUCCUUCUCUUCAAAUCACCUAUUGUCUUGCUUCUGUGCACAUAUAUGUCCUUUAUAUACGGACUGUUGUAUCUAUUCUUCACCACUAUCACGUCCGUCUUUGAAAGCCAGUACGGCUUCUCCACAGGCUUGGCAGGUCUCGCCUACCUGGGCAUUGGGAUUGGAUUUUUCACCGGCCUCGUAUUGAUCGCGGCUACAAGCGACAAGAUUGUCAUCAAGCUGACUGCUCAAAACAAUGGUAAAUUUGAACCAGAGAUGCGUCUACCCACCAUGAUUUUCUUCAGCGCUCUUUUACCGAUUAGCUUUUUCUGGUAUGGAUGGGCUGCUGAUAAAAAUGUGCACUGGAUUGUACCCAUUAUAGGCAUGAUGCCGUUCGGCAUCGGCAUGAUGGGCACCUUUAUGCCCGUACAGACCUACUGCAUCGAUUGUUACCCGGUAUAUGCUGCAUCUACAAAUGCUGCUUUAACAGCCACUCGCUCCCUUGUGGGUGCGCUCCUACCGUUGGCAGGACCGAAAAUGUUUUCCAGCCUUGGCCUUGGAUGGGGGAACUCUUUGCUUGGAUUCCUUGCACUAGCUUUUGUUCCAGUGCCUAUCCUUUUCCAUCGAUAUGGAAAAGUUAUCCGGGAGAAGUUCCCUGUCAACUUGAGCUAG